CACCGGUGACGCGAGGCGUCGACGACGCCGGGCUGCGCUUGUCACCCCGGCUUGUUGCAGAGGAGGAGCGGGCGCCAUGGCGGUUCUGCUGGAGACCACUUUGGGCGACGUCGUCAUCGACUUGUACACCGAGGAACGGCCGCGCGCCUGCUUGAAUUUCCUGAAGCUGUGCAAAAUAAAAUAUUAUAAUUAUUGCCUUAUUCAUAAUGUACAGAGGGAUUUCAUCAUACAAACUGGUGACCCUACAGGGACUGGUCGUGGAGGAGAGUCUGUUUUUGGUCAACUGUAUGGAGAUCAAGCAAGCUUUUUCGAGGCAGAAAAAGUGCCAAGAAUUAAGCACAAGAAGAAAGGCACUGUUUCCAUGGUGAACAAUGGCAGUGACCAGCAUGGAUCUCAGUUUCUCAUUACUACAGGAGAUAAUCUUGAUUACCUUGAUGGUGUUCAUACAGUGUUUGGUGAAGUGACAGAAGGCAUGGACAUAAUUAAGAAAAUUAAUGAGACCUUUGUUGACAAGGACUUUGUACCAUAUCAAGAUAUCAGGAUAAAUCAUACAGUGAUUUUAGAUGAUCCAUUUGAUGACCCUCCUGAUCUAUUAAUUCCUGAUCGAUCACCAGAACCUACAAGGGAACAACUAGAUAGUGGCCGGAUAGGAGCAGAUGAAGAAAUUGAUGAUUUCAAAGGAAGAUCAGCUGAAGAAGUAGAAGAAAUAAAGGCAGAAAAAGAGGCCAAAACUCAAGCUAUUUUAUUAGAAAUGGUAGGAGACCUACCUGAUGCAGAUAUUAAACCUCCAGAAAAUGUGUUGUUUGUAUGUAAAUUGAAUCCAGUAACCACAGAUGAAGAUCUGGAGAUAAUAUUCUCAAGAUUUGGGCCAAUAAGAAGUUGUGAAGUUAUCAGAGAUUGGAAGACAGGAGAGUCCCUCUGUUAUGCCUUUAUUGAAUUCGAAAAGGAAGAAGAUUGUGAGAAAGCAUUCUUCAAAAUGGACAAUGUACUUAUAGAUGACCGAAGAAUACAUGUGGAUUUUAGCCAGUCUGUUGCAAAGGUUAAAUGGAAAGGAAAAGGUGGGAAAUAUACCAAGAGUGAUUUCAAGGAGUAUGAAAAAGAGCAGGAAAAACCAUCUAAUUUGGUUCUGAAAGACAAAGUAAAGCCCAGACAGGAUGCAAAAUAUGAUCUUAUACUAGAUGAGCAGGCAGAAGAUUCAAAAUCAAGUCACUCACAUACAAGUAAAAAGCACAAGAAGAAAACCCGUCACUGCUCUGAGGAAAAAGAAGAUGAAGACUACAUGCCAAUCAAAAAUACUAACCAGGAUAUCUACAGGGAAAUGGGCUUUGGUCACUAUGAAGAAGAAGAAAGCUGUUGGGAGAAACAAAAGAGUGAGAAGAGAGACCGACCACAGAAGCGAAGUCGUAGCAGAUCCCGAGAAAGGGAUGGCCACUACGGCAGUAGUCACAAGUCCAAGUACCAAGCAGAUCACUAUGAGAGAGAAAGGAGUAAAAAGAGAGACCGAAGCAGGAGUCCUAAGAAGUCCAAAGAUAAAGAAAAAUCGAAGUACAGAUGAAACAUGAAGUAUUUGACGUGGGUGGCGCCCAUAUUUACUCUCGUCUAACUUAGAAUAUCAGAUGUUCAGGUUUUGUGUCAAAGCAGUCUUUAACUGCUUGUUUUUUUUUUUUUUUUUUUUCCAUAUUAGGAUUAUGGCCCUUUUAGAGUAAUACCAAUUAUAAGGGACACUGAAGGACAAUAAAGAAUCGAACAUUUUCUUUGUAUACUUUUUUACACUAAUUUUAUUGUUAUACAUAAAUAGUGUGCUUCAUUUUUUUUAAAGUCACAUUUUCCACUGUUUUUUUAUGAAGUGUUUCAUAAAAUACAUAAAAAUAAAAAUACAUAAACUUGUAUAUAUAAAGUAUAAAGAAUAAUAAAGAUCUGUGUACCCAUCAAUCAGCUUAAGAUAGAAUAUACCUACAUUUUAGAAGUGCCCUAUAUGCCCUCAAGUAAUUAUUAUUCUAAGUUUUGUGUUGGUCAUCCAGUUGCUUGUUGUUAUAGCUUUAAAACAUGUUUGUAUCCCUAAAUAAAAUGUUAAGUUUUGUAUGUUUUUGAAUUUUAUAUAAAUGGUAUAAUGU